ACACCAUGGCAGCUAAGAUGGAAAUCACCCUGAGCUCCAACCCUGAGGCCUCCAAGCAGGAGAGACACAUAAUAACGAAGCCAGAAGAGAAACGGGAAGCCACUGUCCCUGAACCUUGCCCGGACCCCGAGCUCUCCCGCCAGAGCUUCCGGCGCUUCUGUUACCAAGAGGUGCCUGGGCCCCACGAGGCGCUGGCCCGCCUGCGCCUGCUGUGCCGCCAGUGGCUGCAGCCCGAGCUGCGCACCAAGGAGCAGAUCCUGGAGCUGCUGGUCAUGGAGCAGUUCCUGGUCAUCCUGCCCCCGGAGAUCCAGGCCCGGGUCAGGCAUCGGCGCCCCGCGAGUGGCAAGGAGAUUGUGAGCCUGGUGGAGGACUUCCAGAGGGCCGCCAAGAAGCCGAAGCAGUGGGUGGCAGUCUGCAUGCAGGGGCAGAAAGUUCUGCUGGAGAAAACUGGAUCUCAACUUGAACAGGAGCUGCCCGACUUUCAACUGCACACUCUGAGGAGAGAUCUCAGGGAACAGUCUCUGGAGGAGCUUUCCCCGGCAGGAUCUCAUGACCAGCUCAGUCCCCAUCCCUGGGAGAAAUCCCCACUCCUCCAGGAGCCAGCCCCCAAGCCGACUGGGACAGAGGCCCCCAGAAUGAGAAGUGACAACAAGGAAAACCCACAGCAGGAAACGGUUAAAGGAGCAAAGCCAUGUGCAGUGUCGGCUAGCAGAUCCAAGGGGAAUGGGCUGCCAAGUCCAGAACCACGAGGGGCGAACAUGAGUGAGCCACGGCUGUCCCGGAGGCAGGUUGGCUCUCCACAUGCUCAGAAACCAUUUGCUCACUACCAGAGACACUGCAGGGAACUGGAAUGCACGAGCAGCCCCCUCAAAAGCCACCCACUGAGGGAGCUGAAGAAAAGCAAAAGUGGGAAAAGAAGCCUGGGCAGCCGUUUGCAGCGUCUUGGGCACCAGCCAACCCGCUCAGCCAAGAAACCUUACAAAUGCGAUGACUGUGGGAAAAGCUUCACAUGGAACUCGGAGCUGAAAAGACACAAGAGAGUGCACACGGGAGAGAGGCCCUAUACCUGCGGAGAGUGUGGGAACUGCUUCGGGCGGCAGUCGACCUUGAAGCUACACCAGAGAAUCCAUACUGGGGAGAAGCCAUACCAGUGCAACCAAUGUGGGAAAAGCUUUCGCCAGAGCUCCAACCUUCACCAGCAUCACAGGCUCCACCAUGGGGACUGAGAGGAGCAUCUUGUGCCCAACGGCUGCCAGGCAGGACUCUGUGUUCCUCCUCCCCUUACCUGCAUGGGAACCAUAGACCGCCUGCGUGACUCAGGACAGCAGGAGGCCCUGGGGGAGGCAGGGGAGGAGCCCUAGAAGGGGCUGACAUGGAU